GCCAUCCCUGCUGGAAGGAACCAUGAAUUGGCACUUUCCCUUUUUCCUCUUGACCACAGUGACUCUGCCCUCCCUGUGCUCCCAGUUCAACCCACUGUCUCUCGAAGAAUUAGGCUCCGACACCGGGAUCCAGGUUUUCAAUCAGAUCGUCAAAUCUCGGCCUCAUGACAAUGUCGUUGUGUCCCCUCAUGGGAUUGCAUCUGUCCUGGGGAUGCUGCAGCUGGGAGCUGACGGCCGGACGAAGAAGCAGCUCACUACGGUGAUGCGAUACGGCGUGAAUGGAGUUGGGAAAGUGUUGAAGAAGAUCAACAAAGCCAUCGUCUCCAAGAAGAAUAAGGACAUUGUGACAGUGGCAAACGCCGUGUUUGUGAAGAACGGCUUCAAGAUGGAAGUGCCCUUUAUGACGAGGAACAAAGACGUGUUCCAGUGCGAGGUGCGGAACGUGAACUUCGGAGACCCUGUCUCUGCCUGCGACUCCAUCAAUACGUGGGUUAAAAACGAAACCAGGGGCAUGAUCGACCAUCUGCUGUCCCCGGAUCUCAUCGACAGCGGGUUUACCAGGCUGGUUCUCGUCAAUGCAGUUUACUUUAAGGGCUUGUGGAAAUCGCGGUUUCAACCUGAGAACACCAAGAAGCGGACUUUUGUGGCAGCUGAUGGGAAAUCCUACCAAGUGCCCAUGCUGGCCCAGCUGUCUGUGUUCCGUUGUGGGUCUACAAGCACGCCCAACGACCUGUGGUACAACUUCAUCGAGCUGCCCUACCAUGGGGAAAGCAUCAGCAUGCUGAUUGCCCUGCCGACUGAGAGCUCCACCCCACUGUCAGCGCUCAUCCCCCACAUCAGCACCAAGACCAUCGACAGCUGGAUGAGCACCAUGGUGCCCAAGAGGGUGCAGGUGGUCCUGCCCAAGUUCACAGCUGUGGCACAAACAGAUCUGAAGGAGCCGCUGAAAGUUCUUGGCAUUACGGAGAUGUUUGAUCCAUCAAAGGCCAAUUUUGCAAAAAUAACAAGAUCAGAGAACCUUCAUGUUUCUCAAAUCUUGCAAAAAGCAAAAAUCGAAGUCAGUGAAGAUGGAACCAAAGCUUCUGCAGCGACAACUGCGAUUCUAAUUGCAAGGUCAUCGCCUCCGUGGUUUAUAGUGGACAGACCUUUUCUAUUUUUUAUCCGACAUAAUCCUACGGGUGCUGUCUUAUUCAUGGGGCAGAUAAACAAACCCUGAAGAGUAGACAAAAAAAAGCAAAGACUUCUUGCUACGAAGAAAAGACUUUUCUUACAUCUUUCAUAGUUCUGUUAAAUAUUUUUGUAUGUUGCUUUCAUUUUCAAAACUUAGUUCUUAGCAACAGACUCAGUGAUGCAAGCUUUCUGUUCUGGGAGAGAAAGGCAAGAUGGGUGGACACUGUACUGAGAAACGACUAGAAAGACUUCAAAAUGUCUAGAAGAUUCUUUAAACUACUGAACGGUUACAUAGGUUAACAACCCUCUUGAAUAUUUGCUGUCUGUCCAGUUCAGGAUUUUUGUUUUGUUUUGUUUAUAUUUGUGGCUUUUUGGAAGAAAUUUAAUCAGUGUGACAAUAAAUAAGGACAUUUUAGCUUUUACUCUUUUAUGGGGAAAAAAAAAAAAUGAUUUGUCUUUUUAAUUCCUUUCCCCCAUCUUCAUCCAAAGUCUUGACAGCAAGCAUUACUUUGGGGGUGAAAAUAGCAAAAAACGUCUAGCCUCUUUGUGUGAUUUUGUUGUUGCCGUUGUUGUUUUAUAUAAUGCAUGUACUCACUAAAAUAAAGUUUUAAAAACUAAUGUCUUGCUAGGCAAGGUUUGCUGUUGUGCAGUGUGCCUGUCACUACCGGUCUGUACUCUUUGGAUUUGCAUUUUUGUAUUUUGUACAAAGUAAAAAUAAAGUGUUAUGAGUAGUUAAGAAAAAA